AUGGGGGAAAAGCAGAGACGGCCUGGAGCUGGGGGACAUGUCAGUGCACGGCCUGCUUGUGAGGUUUCUUGGCAUCCAGGCGUAAACAGGUCUGGUGCCCGGGGCUGGCUGGCACACCUUCCCUGGGAGCCUGGAGGGCACCGGGUUGCGAGUGCUGGUCAAGAACAAAGAGUAGAAGAUGUCAGACUUAUUCGCGAACAGCAUCCAACAAAGAUACCGGUAAUUAUCGAAAGAUAUAAAGGAGAGAAGCAGCUUCCCGUUCUGGACAAAACAAAGUUUCUGGUCCCAGAUCACGUCAAUAUGAGUGAGCUUAUCAAGAUAAUCAGACGGCGGCUGCAGCUGAAUUCCAAUCAAGCUUUCUUCUUACUGGUGAACGGACACAGCAUGGUGAGCGUCUCCACGUCCAUCUCGGAGGUGUACGAAAGCGAAAAGGACGAAGACGGAUUCUUGUACAUGGUGUACGCCUCUCAGGAAACGUUUGGCAUGAAAUCCUCCAUGUAAACACUUUGCCCCCCCUUGGCCUUGUAGCCUAGCCUAGUUUUUACCCUCCCCUCCCCUGCCCCUCCCCGGCCCAGGAAAAAGAAAGGGAUGUCGCGCCACUGAUGUGCUCAGAGUAGUUGUGCUUUGCGGGGAUGUUCUCAAACGUCCUUUCCUUUGUAAAUAUUUAACAGAUGAGUGCCAGUACGGACAAGCAGCCCAGCUUUGUAGACUUGCUAUACGUUUGCACGGGCCUACUUGCUUUUUAAAAGCCUCUGGAAUCGGAGCAAGACCAUAGCAUGCAUGUUGACAAUAAUAAUAAUAAUAAUAAUAAUAAUAAUAAUAAAUGUUGGCGUUACUCAAAUCAUAGGAACUGGGCUAAAUGUUAAAGUAGCCAACUGAAAUACAUCUGUGUGAUAUAUCCUGUUAAUUUAUAUUUUAGCUCCUAAAAACCGCUUUUCCUCAAAGGUAGGAAAGUCUGCCUCUUUCGGCUUCUUGUGUUUGGAAAAUCAGUGCACGUUUUGGGGGAGAAUAUAGAGAAGGGUUAAUUCUCUGGUAUUGCUACUUUAGACAAUAUCAGCAAAACACCAGACUGCUAACUAUAUACCAAGCAUAGCUUUAGUUUAGGAAGUGUGUAUUUUAAAAAUUAGGUUAUGUACUUAACAGUUAAGAAUGUUACUCUUAAUACAUUUGUAUUCUGUCCUGCAUCUUUUUUUUUUCUUUUUUUAAUCGAAUCCGCCCAUCUCGUCCUCUGAAGAGAGGCCCUUUUAUCCUUCAAAUGCUGGUAACAGACGCAAGCCAUCAGGGGCAGGCAAGGCUUUUUAGCCAUUACAAUUGUGUAUU